AAAUCUGAUUGCGGAAGCGCUUCGAGCACUGUUCAUUCAGCGGUUACUGGUAGUUAAUAUGCGUUCAUUUUUGUUUAUUUAACAUUAUCCAAGUUUCUUAACGUUGGUUAAAUACGUCGAAAGAUUGCGCAGUUUUUUUUUAAUGAUAGCACUUGACCAGCAGCAAGUCUACGAUAAUUGCGUCUGUUUAAAAUUAAUCGUGUAUGAUUUACUUGUAUUAAAGAGUUCACUCAGCCUCAAAACACACCUGUGUCAAAUCCUGCCAGGUGAGCUAUGUUGGCAGCUGAUUGGUGAGACGUGCCCACAGACAGCAUGUCCUGAUGGAGAACAUCCGAGCACGUCUGAGUCUCAGGAACAAAGUGGAUGAUGUGAAACUGAGGAAAAGAAAAUCCCAACUGUAUUCAAAGGAAAAUGAAUGUCGUCUGAACAACGGUGUUCUGAGAGCCAGGGUUGUUGUGUUUUCUGUGGCGUUCAGACUCAUCAAUUGCCUUCUGGUUCAGACCAGCUUUGUCCCUGAUGAGUACUGGCAGUCGUUGGAGGUUUCCCAUCGCAUGGUCUUCAAUUACGGGUACCUGACCUGGGAAUGGAAGGCAGGGAUAAGAGGAUUCUCCUAUCCACUCUUCUUUGCAUUGAUAUACAAGACCUUAUACCUCAUAAAUUAUGACUCAGUCCACCUCCUGAUAUGGCUUCCACGAAUAAUUCAAGCCCUGCUGGCUGCAUUUGCUGAUGUAAAAUUCUUCUUCCUCAUUCAAAUGCUGGAAAGUCGGGAUGUUGCAAAGUGGACGUUCCUUUGCCAUCUGUGCUCGUGGUUCACGUGGUACUGCAGCACCAGGACUCUGACCAACAGCAUGGAGGCUACCAUCACCUGCCUGGCUCUUUCUUACUUUCCCCUGCCUGGGUCCAAAACACACAGCAGCAAAAAAUAUUUGACCCUGGUUGCUUUGGCGGUUGUUGUUCGUCCCACAGCUCUGAUCGUCUGGUUUCCUCUGCUGAUGUAUCAUUUCUGGCAGGAGGAUGACAAACUGAGACUUGUCACUCAUAACUACAUUCCUAUCGGGACUUUGGCUGUUGCAAUUUCAACUGUGAUUGACUGUGUGUUCUAUGAAAAGUGGACCAUGGUGCAGUUCAACUUCCUGAAGUUUAACAUCUUCCAUGGUGUGGCUGAUUUCUACGGCUCUCAUCCCUGGCACUGGUACUUUACUCAGGGUUUUGCUGUCGUGAUCGGUCCUCAUCUACCCUUCUUCCUUCAUGGGUGCACCCUCGCAUUCAAAAGACACAAAAUCCUAUUGGCAGCAGUUAUCUGGACCCUCGUGGUUUACAGUUUGCUUCCUCACAAGGAGUUCAGGUUCAUCUACCCUGUGCUGCCUUUCUGCAUGGUCUUCUGUGGGACCUCCUUGGCCAGUCUCAAAGCGUGGCGUCGAGCUGCGGCACUCGCCUUGUUGGUGACCAACCUAUUUGCAGCUCUGUACACUGGCCUGAUCCACCAGCGAGGCACUUUGGAUGUCAUGAGCCACCUGCGGAUGCUUUGUGAUGUCAACAGCACCUCCACCCAUCCGCAGCCAGACGUCUUCUUCCUCAUGCCCUGCCACUCAACGCCAUACUACAGUCACGUCCACUGCCCGCUGAAGAUGAGGUUUCUUGAGUGUCCUCCAGACCUUGGAGGCGAAGGCUAUGUCGAUGAAGCCCACAGUUUCUACGACAACCCUCUUCACUGGCUCAGGACAUCGUUUCCAUACAAAUCUUCUCUGCCCACUCACCUGGUUCUGUUUGACAUUCUGGAAAAGGAGAUCUCCGUGUUUUUGCAGGGGAAUAACUUUGUGAGGACAGCAGAGAUGUUUCACACUCAUUUUCCUGAGGGAAGAGUCGGAGGAAGCAUCUUUAUUUACAAAAGGCACUGACAAACACAAUGAAGUGUCCACAGCCCACGCUGAUGGCUACGAUGAGGGCGAGCACAAUACAUCUGUUGAGGAUGCCGCUUCCCUGGCCUGGCCUUUGGAC